AUGCGGACCCACCUGUACUCUACCUUCGUGGACCUGAGGAAAGCCUUCGACACGGUGAAUCGUGAAGGACUGUGGAAGAUCAUGCAGAAAUUCGGCUGUCCGAAGCGAUUCAUUCAGAUGGUGCGACAGCUGCACGACAAUAUGAUGGCGCGAGUCACGGACAACGGAGCGGUCUCGGAGGCGUUCGCAUUGACCAACGGAGUUAAGCAGGGAUGCGUGCGGGCGCCUACCCUCUUCAGUCUUAUGUUCUCUGCCAUGCUGAUGGACGCCUACCGCGACGAAGGUCCUGGGAUCCGCAUCGCCUACAGGACGGACGGUCACCUUCUGAAUCAACGGCGGAUGCACCUCCAAUCACGGGUCUCCACAACCACCGUUCACGAACUCCUCUUCGCCGACGACUGCUCCCUGAACACCACCUCGGAAGAGGAGAUGCAACGCAGCAUGGACCUCUUCCCUGCCGCCUGCGAGAACUUUGGUCUGGUCAUUAACACGCAGAAGACGGUGGUGAUACAUCAACCGCCACCCAACACAGCCACUCCUCCCAACGCGCCGCAAAUCAGCGUGAACGGAACCCAACUGCAAGUGUUGGAGAACUUCCCGUACCUGGGCAGCACCCUUUCCCUUAACGCCAAAAUCGAUGACGAAGUCGCUCGCAGGAUCUCGAAAGCCAGUCAAGCCUUCGGCCGCCUCCAGCGCACAGUCUAG